AUGUUAAUUUUCCGGCUUGUCUCUAUAAACAGCCUUGCGACCACUAAAUGGUUGUUGGACAAGACCAAAUUCGAGGUAAUGGUUCGUAGUCCUGACAUACAAUAUAUAACAAAAUUACUCGGAAGUCUCCAUAACCUCAACAGUAGCUGCAGUUUGAUGGUCCGACAAGCGAGAACGAUCUGUGGAACGAUCUCUCGAAACCUCAUAUCAAAGUCUCCAUGCGAACACGUGAGAGUUUUGACCUCGGAGGUCUAUACUCGUAGCUGUCCUCGCAAGAACGUUCACGAGAACGCUCCUGAGAACGUUUUCAAGAUUUGAAUGAGAAUGUUUAUUUUUCUCGAAAAAUGAAGAGCACACGCAGGCAUGAUGCUUCAAUUGGGAGAACAAGCGACAUAAUAAAGAUGCGCCAUACACACGCGGUAAUGCAACGCUAAUUGUUAUGAGUUUUUAUAACGCAAGCUUUAAAGAUGUUUGUUGGAAGGGAACAUACAUUUUCUACUCGGACGAAUGCAGAGCAUAAUUAUUAAUUAAUUUAGUAUUGA